GUUUAUUUUAUUUGAAUACCAAUAUAACCUUAGUUAUAUACUUAUUUUCUUAGUUAUUAACCUGAAUACUCAUUAUAGAGACCGCACUGUGCUUGCAGAAGUGAUAUCUAUCUGCGUGCACCUAUGAAACUCCACGAGCUAGGAUACAGGCCUUAGGACUGGGAUAAUGACGGAUGUUACUUAGCGUUACUCAGGAGGCAACUAGAUACCUUGGUUUUAAAAUGUCUAAGUUACUUGUUUGAUUGGAGUUCCAUUGGGACUAACAUAGCAAGUUGCAUAAAAUAUUGAGCUAUACGAAGGAUUUAUCACUUACAAGAAGUAAAACUCGAAAAAAACAUUUGUCAAUGGUACGAAGAUAAUAUUGAUGACGUCCCCAAACGAUGUUCGAUAUCAUUCAUGAGUAGUCAUUAUCAUGCCCGAGAAAAUAGCAGUUGUUACUGGAGCCAAUAAAGGACUCGGCUUUGCCAUAGUUAAAGGCCUUUGCAAAGAAUUCAAAGGUCCAGUUUAUUUAACAUCUCGAGACGCGGAACGCGGCAAUAAAGCCUGCAAUGAGCUGCAGAAGCAAGGUUACAAUCCUAAAUAUCACCAGCUUGAUGUGACUAACGAAAAAAGUAUAUCUACUUUCUGUUCUUUUUUUCGUUCUCAAAAUAAAAAGAUUGAUUUGUUGAUAAAUAAUGCUGGCGUACUGUUUCUGAACGACUCGAAAGAACCGAAAGCUUCUCAGGCAGAACAAACUUUACUCGUAAACUUUUUCGCUUUAGUAAACUUUACCGAAGCAAUUUUGCCGUUGGUUAACGAAAAUGGGAGCAUACUCAAUAUAACGAGCUCCUCUGGACACUUAUCGAGAAUACCAUCAGAAGAGUUAAGGAAAAAAUUCAUUGAUCCAAAUUUAAAUUUGGAACAAUUGACUGUUUUAAUGGAAAGUUACCUGGAAUCGGUGAAGUUAAACAGAGAUGGCGCUGACGGAUGGGGUGAUUCUCCCUAUGUAGUUUCGAAAGUGGGUGUGAAUGCAUAUACCUUUAUGUUAAAUCGCCAACUAUCUGAUCAAGGUAUUCUCGUAAACUGCUUUCAUCCCGGCUACGUGAUGUCCGAUAUGACCCGAGGGGCCGGCUCCGUGACCCCUGAAAAGGCAGCUGAAGGGGCUCUGGAGUGUGCAUUGCAACCAGCGGGCGGGGGGUUGUACGUGUGGCAUAAUGGGGCUAUAGUGGAGUGGGACGGACCGGAUCCUCGCGGGUUUAUUGAUGGGAAGAGCGUGUGAUGAUGGCGAAAAGGGGGCGGGUUGACGAGGCAUUUUUCGCGCGUCACACAUUAAUUAAACAAAAAGUUUGGAUUUCAGACUAUUUUCAAAUGCAUUUUUAUAGCUCCAGUCAUAUUUUUUAUUAUUGUUAUGAUGUAGUUGUACUAUUGAAUAAAAUUACUUAAUAUUAAGCAACCGAUGCCGAUAGUGAAAAAUUGCCCUUACCAACCCUCUUCCUUUGUUAUGUUAGAUGUCAUCUAUACAUAUAAUAAAACUGUAACUGGAAGAUUUCUGUACAUUUAAUAUAUUUUUAAAAUUUUAAU